UAAAUAUAUAUACGUACACAUUCUAACUUCUAUAUACUUUAUUCAAUCACAUAACUUCUAUCAAUUCCAUUAUCUUAUCUCAUCCUUCAACAACUCUUGAAAUAAUUAAUCAUCAACAUGAAUCACUUUAACAAUCAACAACAAGCCCCUGUAUCAUAUCCACCAGCAAGUGAGGCAUAUUCUUCAGCUCAAUAUGUAAGUGCCCCACCACCUAUGGGUUACCCUUCUAAGGAUGGUUCUGAAGGGUACCCUCAACAAAGGAUUCAAGACCAAACAACUAGCAGGGGUGAUGGUUUUUGGAAAGGAUGUUGUGCUGCUCUAUGUUGUUGUUGUGCUAUUGAUAUUUGCUUUUAAGUUAUGAUUGAAUUAUUAGGAUGUAGCUUAGAUUGUGCUUAUUGUUACCACAUAGUUUAUCCUUUUUGUUUUCUAUUGUAUUCUUUGUAGUUUGUAGAAAAAUAAGGAUUUUUUUUUCUUGAGAGAUUAUGUAUUUAUUUAUCCAUUGAUGGAUAUUACUUUGUUUCACUUGUAUUUGAUAUUUGAUACUUUAUACUUUAUGUA